AUGUCGUGGCUUGGCGAGUUUCACACCGGAGCAACUUUCCUACAUUCGUUCUCUGGGUUUUCCGAUUCCUGGGGAUACAAGGGAAGCUCCAGCUCAUCAGUCGACGCAGAGCAGCCUCCGAAGAUGGCAAACACAGCCGAGCCCGGCUUCUUUCUUGAUGUUUGCUGUGGGGCCAAUGCUCCGCUUUCGGAUCAACUGCGACUUUCAGGUAUUCAAUGUGUUUGUGUCGACGCUCUGGGCUCAGAACCCCUUGACCUGCUUGAGGACUCCACUUACGACAGCAUAUUGCUCCUGGCUUUCUCAGGUGUGGUACGUAUGGCACAUGCAGCCCCACCGUGCAAGGAGUACUCCCGCUUGAAGCUUAGGCCAGGCGGCCCCAGGGCCAUUCGGAGCCCAGAGUUCCUCAACGGCCUUCCAGAGAACACUACAGAACAGCAGCAACGUGUGCUCACCAGUCAGAAACUCAUGUAUCGCUCGGUCUGCGUACUACGCGCUGUGUUCGCCUCAGGAGGUCACGUUUCCCUGGAACAGCCAGCUAACUCUAUGGCCUGGCUCGAACCCCUCGUUCAGGAUUUCCUUUCAGAGAUACAGGCCACGCUUUCAGUUGUUGCUGCUUGUUCAGUGGGAGUUGAUGUUGCAAAGCAAUGGUUAUUUGCCUCCAGCUUUGCCCCACUCAAGGCUAUGGCCGCUACAUGCUCCCACCAGGGUCAACAUGCUUCUGUCAUUGGCGCAAGGGACGCAAAAGGCAACUUUCUGUCCCAGCGCACCGCAGCAUACCCGACAGCUUUAGCGGUGCACUACAGCAAGCUGGUCAAUCCCCUUUUUUGUGGUUACGUCGUUCACGACCAGACAGCGUUUUGUUCGCUCAGCUUUGCACUGCAAUGCAUACCCCGCAAAGGACGCAACGCACCCCCUUUUGGUGCGCAGGACCGGGGUGGCAUUUACUCCACUCCAGACUGGUCCUACGGCCCCAGGUAUCAGUCGGAUCUGCUUUGCGACCUACGUAAGGAGUGGCGGCAGUGGCUUCUGGAAAAGCACAUUCCUGAAAGACUCGCUCAGCACGUUUCGGAGCAUCGCGACUCACCGCUUUUCUCGGAGAGCGAAACCGCAUGGUUGCAGCAGUCUUUCAAACGCUUUUCCGAUCAGCACUCGCUUUCUCAGGACUGGGACUUCUCUGUCCCUGAGGGACAACCGUACUGCUUGUCAGCUUUGUCGCGACUCAGCCGCUUGGUCGCAGACAAAGACACGUCCCUCUUUCCAGCACCGCUUCAAGGCCACCAGCUUCUGAUAUGCGAGGGAAACUGGAAAGGCGCAGAAGAGGACCCCGCUUUACUCCAGCAGCUUGUGGAGGAAGAAAUAGAAGCGGGGAGCGCCUGCUUUUCUACCGCGUUUGUCCCUUCGGGGCCACUUUUUCGAGCCAUUGGUUCGCCUGCAUUGGUGGGUUCUUCACCAUGGCUGUCUCACGUUCUUUUGCUUUAUGUCGAUGAUCUACUUCUCUUUCAGAACAGCAAAGUCUUACCGCUUUCAGCGGCUUUGACACUGGCCUUUUGUGCACGCUUUACGAUUCCGCUUUCAUGGAAAAAGCUUCAACUGGGUCAGACAAUAACGUGGAUUGGUUGGGAAAUCAACCUGUCCUGCGCUUGCUGCUCACUUCCAGAAGCCAAGCGCAACAAGCUUUACGAGCUUGUGUCAGAAUGCCUUCGACACCGCCAGGUCUCCCGCAAGCAACUUGACAAGCUCCUCGGCCUGCUUCAAUGGAUUCUGCACGGUAUGCCCACUUUGAGGCCCUGGUUGUCUUCUCUCUACGACGACAUGCACAGGCCGCUUGGCACCAAUGUCAGUGUCAGCCCCACUUUGUGGGCUGGCCUGGAUGAGGAGCUCCGCUUUACAUCAUCGCCUCCCAGCACGGCGGUGAGCAAAGGAGCCAAGCUUCUGUCAGCCCGUCAUGUCGAGCUGCUCCAAGGAAGACCUCUGCAAGGUUCCGGUCAGCACCAAGAGGAUAUGGAUGCGGAUAGCGUGGCUGUUCUCCGCUUCUUUCAGCACUUGAGUUCUGUUGAGUGGCGACCUCGCCCGCUCAGGCCACCCGCUUUGGUGGCGGUUACAACAGCGGCAGAUGCUUUUGGCAAGGGCAACCAAUGCGGGGUAGGAGGCUGGCUAAAGUUUCCAAGUGGUCGCAUGGUAUGGUUUUCUCAGCCUUUUACUGUGCAACAAUUUACAGCUUUGGGCAUACCUGUACAGAGUGAUGCCAACCUGGACAUAUCCAGCUACGAGACCCUGGCACAGUGCUUCAUUCUGCUUGCCUUCUGGAAAUUCUCAGGUGCCGGACGCUUGGCUUUGAAACUACCAGCCCUCAGCGAUAACAGUGGGGCAGAAGCUGUGUGUAACAAGCUGUAUACCUCCAAAACCUCUUUGAACUUUUUCGUUCGCAAGCUUUGCAUGUGGAGUUCGCUUUCGGGCAUCACGCUGGACUGCAGCCACAUUGCUGGCGAGAAGAAUGAUGAUGCCGAUUUUCUUUCCA